UCCGAUUGGUGGACCCCGCUCACGCAGAACGCGUCACGUAUAUUUGGCGCGCUUCGCUCUCGGACAGUCUGGCGCGUUUUUGAAAAAAGAGCAACAAACGUCCAGAAACAUGGAGCGCGAGAGCGGGGACGCGGGGAGGACAGGACACGAGGACGGGCUGUGACGAGGGACGAGGAGACAGGUGUCUUUAAAAUUAUGGCUGGUGUUGUGGCUAUGGCAUCUGUCAUCGAGGACUUUGACACCCAGCCUUGCAAGAAAUCUCGCAAAGAUGGUGGCAGUAAUAUCGCCAAGACAAUCACAAACUAUUUCUCUCCCGUGCCGAAGCCUGUGGAGAAACCCUCUUCAUCUCCUCGCUCCAACAACAUCGCUGACUACUUUGGCCGGAAGGCAUCGUCCUCUAAAGAAAAGACCGGCUGCCCCGAGCAGUCGAAGGAGACCUGCCAGACGUCUGAUGUUGCAGAAAAACCCACGAGUCCAGAGGCAGCAGUGAAACGGCAGUCUCAGAAACGGAGGAGAAAGGCUGGCAAAGCUGCAAGGAAACUUGUGGAGGCGGAAAUCUUUAGCUCCGCAGAGGAGGCGAGCUGCGUGAUUGUAGAGAAACCAUAUGAUGGCAAAGACUCUGCAGCAGAAGCAAUCGGCAGCUGUGGUUUCCUUGGCAGUGAUACAGCGGCCCUCAUUACCCAGCUCACUGCUGAGGCUGGUUUUACUGCUACUAAGACUGUCAGUGUUGAGCAGGCUGAAGAAGACGAUCCCGAAUGUGGGAACGGUGUCGCACUUAAUCCAGAUCUAGACGGUAUUGAAUUAUCUCCGAUUGUACCUUCAAAAGACAAAGCAAAACAAGUCAAAACCAAUGAACGGAAUUCAAGGAAGGCAAAGCGUUUAGAACCAGAGGAGAACGAGAAAGAGAGCUCCUUGUGUGAUGUUAGUAUGGAGGUCAAUGUGGAUGAGGCGUCUCAGUUAAACAACAGCACAGUCACAGUCUCCUUCGAGGAUUUUGUGCGGAGUCAGAGCCAGAGCGGUGGUGAAGAGGACACGGACGAUGAUCAGGGCAGAGAAGACAAAAGUAAAAUCACAGCAGAGGUGGAAGAAAUGGACACUGAGCAGUCGUUCAUCCCUAAAUCUGAAGAAAAGGUCGGUUCGGGGGUGACGCUUUUUCAAGUCUCACCCCGAACCGUCACCAUCCAGGCUGAAGUGCAUGUCGUCUCGGCCAGACAGGAAUCAGCCAAGGCCGGGGGGAAGUUAGCUUCCAUCUUUAACAGGAGAAAGGGGGCGCUGAGCCCUACGUCGUCUCCUCACAUGGAGGCCGAACACAAACUCCCUCCGUCAUCUGUGAAUGUCAAGCGUAAAUCCAACGUGGUUCUUCAAGAGGAGGAUCUCGAGCUGGCUGUGCUGGAAAGUGAAUCCGCGCCCAAGUGCAGUGAGUCGGAGAGGAAGCAGUUCAUGUCUGCCUUCAAACAGCCCGGUCUGGAUGGGUCCAAAGCCAAGACUGUUAAGAGCCAGAGCAAGCAGAAGCAACCCGGAGAGAAAGCUGGGGAUGAUGCGGAGAAAGUUUGUGAAGAAGACGCUGUAACUCCACCCUCUGUUGAGAAAGUCCCCGCUGCCUCUCAGGAAGACAAAGUAGUUAAAAAGAAACCAGCAAGAAGAGGCAGAAAGAAAGCUAAAGAAGAAGAUGAAGCAAUCGCCACCCCACCUGAAGCUGCUCCUGUGGAGGAAACAGUGGCCGCAAUUGUUAAGGUUGAUGAGAAACGAGAGGAGAUUCCCAUCACCUCAACUCCCUCCAUCCCGGAGGUGAGGAGGUCCAAAAGAGAAGCUGUAAACCGGCAAGUACCCGAGGUCGCACCAACAAGCCCUGUCAGAAAAAACAGGAAACGCAACGAGUUGAAGGACGCUGCUGCUGCUGAUGAUGCUGCUGCUUCACCUAAUGACAGCCCUGCAAACAUGUCCACUCCAAAGAUACGCAAGUCCAAACGCACAGUCUUCGUAGCAGAGAUGGUGUGCCCAUCUGACACAAAAGGAAGCCCAAUCAGGAUUAAAUUUACUAGAGUCCAUAAAAACGUUUCCAAGACCAAGCCUGAAAGUGGAAGUGGCAUUAGCUCUCCUUUGGCUACUAAAACAUCAAAUUACUCUAAAAAAAGGAAGCAGGCAAAGAAGUUGGUGGAGAAAGCCAAAGUGAUUCAGCAGAGUAAAAAAACAGCUGUCAAGGAAAAGGGCUCCUUAAGGCGUUCGUCACGAGCCGAGGCCUCCGCUAAGAAGAUCUACUGUGAAGACGAGGAUUCUGUCAUCUGCCUGGAGAAGGACCAGACUGCCACGGCACAGGAAAAGAGUAAAACCCAGAAGCCUCUACGGAGUCUAAAUGAAGUUCUGGGAAAAGCCUCAUCUGUUGGCAAAGAGCCCAAAGCGGUCCCAGGCUCAAAGGGAACCUCGCUGGGCCAAGAGAAGGCGGCUCGGAAGGUGUCUGCGGUGAUUUCCAUCUUUGACGACAGCAGCUCUGAAACCUCCCAGGAUGACGAGCAGUUCAAAGCACGCAAAGAGUUCCUGAAGAGCGGCCUGCCUGAGACUUUCAGGAAACAGAUAGCUAAGACGGCUGCCACCAGGGAGGCCUACUCGCUCUCCCGUUCCUCCUUUCAACCAGUCGUUCACAUGACGCAACCAUCAAACGAUUGCCCUCUUUGGAGUCUACUGUGGCCUGAGUCUUCGUUACUGCGUCAUCUGAAAGAGCUUUGGUGCCAAACGUCCAACUCACGUCCAUCUGUUAGCGGUUCUCUUUGUGUGAGGACAAAACCUGCACGUAGAGCCUUUGUUGAACGGGGUUCUGGCUGGAGGCCUGAGAUCUCUGAAAGUGUUCGUCAGCUUCUUGUGGAGGAGGUCCGCACCGCUAACCCUUCCUUCCCCGCUCAGAUGUUCGCCACUCGCUUCCUGAAGAGACACGCUGACCACCAGCAGCAGAGCGCAGCCUCAGAACCAGAGGCUGUAACCAGAGCCACCAGCACCACACUGCCAGCCGAACCAGUUGGAGGGAAGAGGAAGAGGACGGAUGACGAGGGGGAAAUGUCUGUGAAGGUUGCCAAGAAGCAACGGGCCAGCUGUGCAGAAGAAAAAAAAUCUGAGCCUGAGCCAACAAAAAGGGGGGGUCGUACAAGACGAGCAAGGAGGUCAAGACCGGAGGACGGGGCCAACGAGAAAGAUCAGCCUUCAGUCAAAACGCCUCCCGUCCCUUCUGAUGACGACUCUGUGGUUGUGAUUGAUGACUCGCUUUCAGAAGAGAACACUGGAAGAAAAGAUGUGUUGAGAGAGGACGUGUUGUGGACGGACAAAUAUCAGCCCCAGCACUCCAGUGACAUCAUCAGUAACACUGCCUCAGUGAGGAGGCUGCACAGCUGGCUAAAAGAAUGGAAACUCCGUGCAGACCGAGAAGAGCGAAAAAAGCAGAAAGACAAGAAACAAGAGGAAGGCAGCAAUGACUCGGACUGGGACUGCGGAGAAGAGGACCCCCAGGAUGGAGAGGACAUGUUGUGUAAUACGAUGCUCAUCACAGGACCUACUGGAAUAGGAAAGACUGCUGCAGUCUAUGCUUGUGCCCAGGAGCUGGGCUUCAAGGUAUUUGAGGUGAAUGCUUCCUCUCAGCGUAGUGGCCGUCUUAUUCUGUCCCAGCUGAAGGAAGCCACUCAGUCUCACCAGGUGGACAGUCAGGGGGUCAACGCCCACAAACCCACCUACUUCAACAGUUACGGCACAAGCAGCAGCAGCACUCCAAAGCUCGGAUCCUCGCCCAGAAAGGUUAACUCUCCUCGUAGGGUGGUGUCCUCUCCCAGGAAACAUCCCCAGUCUCCAAGAGCUGCUAAACGAGGAGGCCUGGCUCCCACCUCUUUAGCUAACUUCUUCAAAAUGGGUCAACCCGCCACCAAGGAGACACCUAACGAUAAGAAGAAUGAACAAACAGCUGCUUCCAAGAAAGUCAUAAAAGCAAAUGAGUGUGCCAAUAAGCAGAAAGACUCCAAAACAGCUUCCACCCCUGAAGAGAAGAACAGUGAAGAACAGAGCAAGAAGACGGCCACCUCGCUUAUCCUGUUUGAAGAAGUGGAUGUUAUAUUUGAUGAUGACUCAGGGUUUCUAGCCGCCAUCAAGACAUUCAUGACCACGACGAAGAGGCCAGUCAUCCUCACAACCAGCGAUCCUGCUUUCAGCACCAGGUUUGACGGCAACUUUGAAGAGAUCCUUUUCAAAACGCCCUCCGUGUUGGACGUUGGCAGCUUCCUGCGGCUGUUGUGUCUGACGGAGGACAUGAGGACAGACCUGUUGGACAUCAGCUCUCUGCUCAGACUCAAUGGAUGCGACAUCAGGCAGAGUUUACUGCAGCUGCAGUUCUGGACUCGGAGCGCAGGAGGCCGCCACGUAACCAGACCAUUGACGCACACUGGCAAACAUGCAGAACCAAAGCCGGAGGCUGAUGAAGAGGCAGCAGCCAUGUCUGUGUGUGCAGAGACUGAGGCUCUUCCUCCCGCUGACACCGGCUGCACUGAGAGCAUGCUCGGUCUGCUGAACGUUGAACCCGAGGGAGACAUCUGGGAGCGCCUCAGGAACCAGAGUCCGAUGGAGGAGAUGUUCUGCUGGGAGCUGCUGGCAAACAGCAAGCGACGAGGAGUGGACCUGCUCUACUCCAACUUUGAGAGACUCUUACCUCUCCCGCUCACACAGCUGACCACCUCUACCUUCAAACCAGAGCAAUCUGUUUCUGCAAUACAAGAAAAUACAUCUGUUAAUCCAGAAGAGCUUCCAUCACAUGCAAAGCUUCUGCACACGGCAGAGUCAGCGGAUUGCUCUGACGAUGGGAGUCCAAUCAAAAUGUCCAACAGAAUGAGGAAGAGCAAGAAGCGGCACGGUUUACCAAACAAGGAUGGAAUUGACUCGGACUCGGACUCAGAAGACGGUUUUCUAUCUCUCUGCAGGCCGCAGGGCGCUCCUGAGACAAAGGAGGACGUCAAAGAGAGAAUAGUUUUAGAGAAGGUGAAGAGGAAGCCGCUGACUCCUGAGGAGCGGGUAAUAAGUCUCCCAGUCUCCCAGUGUCUGGAAUCAAUAGCUCACUUCUUAGACAACAUGUCGUACAUGGACUCCUCUUUGAUGGUUCAUCCAGAAGGAGGCGACAAUCCGAGAAGGAUGUCAGCGGUCGGUGCGGUGGUGAAAGACGGGAUGACCGAUGAGUCGAGGGUCGAGACUGAAAGGGGGAGCUGGGAAAGAGGAGAGCAGGUCUUGGAGAUCCCGGCUGCUGUGGAGGCUCUGAGCUUCCACAAGUGUCGGGCUUCGGUAGAGGAGAUCUGGAACAAAGUCCAACAACUAGAGGGGGAGGUGGGACAGGAGGCUGCAGCAGAACUCACCCUCCCUGUGGCCGCUCAUCGUCAAGGUUACAGCUUCACUCAGGACGGUCCUUGUCAACCGCAGCUGGUCCAGCGGAGGAGAGAAGUGAUGGAGAGUCUGACGUUCAGAGGGGUGUUUGGUUCUCCGGCCAGCAGAUCAGCAGCUGCUCUGGACUACUUGCCGGCCCUUCGCACCAUCUGCAGAUCAGAGCAGCUGAAGGAGCAGGGCAAAGUUAAACGAAGGUUCCUGCACUACCUGGAUGCGAUCCACCUGGGUCUGGAAAAGAGCACUCUAGAACAGCUUGCUGGAGACUUCCCCUGAACCAUAGAGGAGGUCUGACGUGUCUUCAUAAUCACACAGAGGCCUGAAACAAAUGUGACCCUCAAAGCGGCCAUACUUAUAAGGUCAAUGCGUUUUGGCGAUUGAUUUGGAAGAAGGAACACUUUUACAGUUUGUGUUGUGACACGAGGAGGAAACGGAGGCAGCAGCAUUUGUCACUGUGGCCUUCAGUGUCUUUAUGAUCGUGACCUGGACAUGAGAUGAGGAGGUCAGAGGUGUGUGUGUGUGUGUGUGUGUGCGCACAGAGGACUGUCUGGUUCCACACAUUUCUUCUGAGGUGGAAAGACUGAAUACUGAAGGUAUUCUCACCUGAAGGGCUCUCAGCUAAACAGCCUCAUAUGCUGUCUCAGUCAGCGCAUCGUGUGGUGCUUUCAAAGAAUGCACUAAAGAUUUCUACUUUAUAUGAUUUUUGUAAUAUUAAGCUGUGUGUAUUUUUUUUGUACAGUAGUGUUUUAUAUGUUGAAAAGCCUCGUCAAUUUGCUUUGCAUCUUGCAAAAUGUUUUAAACUAGUAGAAAUAUCUUUGGGGGGAUAAGUGUGUAUCGUUAAUGUAAGAGAUUAACAUGUAAAAUAGAAUUUGUAAAGGCCGUGUGUACAAUGUCUGUUCAUGCACUCAGGAUCUUGUUCAAUUUCAUAAAAGCCAGGUAGCUUUCUGACAGACAGGUCAAGCCUUAAAUCACCUUCACAUGACUCACAGUGACGUUUUUUUUAAUUAAUCUUUUUUUCCUCACUCUUAAAUAUGUACACAUAAAUCACAGUGGGUAUCUGUUGUGACCAAAUAAAGGUUUAU